UCGCAGUAUCCGUACACGCUCCACAAGAUUGCCCGCCCGCCGGUCGCGCCAUCGUCAGUGCCGCGCAUGCCCGAGACAAUGGCAGCGCUCACAUUUGGAGCCCCAGAGAAUGCUACCCGAUCGAACGUCGUCGGGUGGCUCAAGGACAGCAGCGCCAAGAUCGAGCCAGCGAAACUUUGUCGAGAACCCCGACUUCACCGCCAGGAUCCAAAAGGUGCUGGAGAAACACGCUCACGAGGACCCGGUAUUGCAGGCCCAGGCAGCGUUUCCAGAAGUCGGGCUGGAUGAAUAUCGCUGACGGCAGAAACCCGCCGCCGCUGGGCAGGACGCCUGCCGCCAGAAGACAUCCUGGGCGCUGUGUUUGUUGAGAACAAGGUCAUCAAGGCCGGCUCCUUCCAACCAAACUUUGUGCACCGCCCAGUGUCGCUCGAUGGGCUGUUCCAGCUGCCUGCGUUUCUGCACACGAAGCUUGUGGGCGGGCUGUAAGCCAAUCGCUGCUUUUUCCCUCACACAGCGGGUUUCCUUUGCGAUGGGGGCGGAUGGGCUAUUUUUGUGCUGCUCGCCAGGCUCCUCCUCCCAGGCUGAAAAAGGCAGUUUAUUAAAAUCGCGUUUUUUGGCUGUUCCCCUUUUCCUUCUCCAAUACACAUUUUUGUUCUUUUAUUUCUCUCUCUUGCGCGCACAACCUGACUGCUUGCGGGCACCACAGCUCUUAAAACCUUAUUGUACUAUCACCAGGACCUUUCUUUUACCCUUAACGACGCAUUUCGCCUUCUCUCUCUCACAACUUCACUCCGCUUCUCUUUCCUUGCCACUUGUCCCCCUUUAAACGACCUUUUUAACGACAGCGCGGACAGCACACCUGCGAUGGUUGACGAGAAAUACAUUGGCAUGGCGCUGGCCAUGUCCUCGAGCUUGCUUAUUGGAACCAGCUUUGUUCUGACAAAGAAGGGCCUGAACGAGACCACGUCGCGGUACGGCUCUGCGACCGAGGGCCUGCAGUACUUUAAGAACGUAAUGUGGUGGGCCGGUAUGAUUACAAGUAA